AUGGAUAAUAAAACAAAUAAAAAAGACCAAAUAAUAUUUAUUAAAAAAAUAUUUACUGCUGUAACUAAAGAGUUUUUGUCUCAAGGAAUUGAAAUAAAAAAUUUAAAGAAAGCAGUUAAAUUAAAAAAUGAUAACACUUAUAAUAAAUUAACAAUUUUACAUCUUUCUAUUUAUAAAAAAUGUAUAUUAACUAUUCUAUUAUCGUUUAUGAUAUCAAUUUUUUUUUAUAACUCAAGUCUUAAUUUUUCAAUUCAUUUCAUAUUCGAAAAACGCUGUUUUAUUCCAAAUAACUACUUUGUGUGGGAAUUUACAAGACCAGUAUCAAAUUGUGAUUACUGUCGAGGUGUAAUUAACGCGUUAAUUAUGAAUAAUCUUACAAGGGAGGAAUUUACGCCUUACGCCUAUUCAUCAAAACCAAUGAUUAUAAAAAAUGCCGCUCGAACAUGGAAAGCAUCAAAAAUGUUUAAUUUAAAUUUUUUUAACAAUUUAUAUGAAAGUAUUGACGGUGCUUAUGAAUCUAUUGAAGAUGAAUGCCAAUUUUUACACUUCAAAAGUAACUUUUCAUUAUUGAAACAAGUUUUAACAAUGAACGAACAACAAGCAUCUAAUUAUUUAAAUAAAAAUCCUUGGUAUGUUGGAUGGAAAAAUUGCCAUCCACAGGUAUUAGACGUAAUGAAGAAAUAUUAUGACUCACCUCAUUUUUUGCCACUUGAUACAGAGAUACCACAGACAAAUUAUAUUUUUAUUGGGUAUGACCAAGGAGCAAACAUGCAUUUGGAUUACAUUCCUCGACUGAUGUGGCAAGGACAACUCGCUGGAAAAAAAAUAUGGUCAGUUGCUCCAACUCCUGAAUGUGAUAGUGUCUGCAAACGUUUUAAUUUUUCGGUAGAUACAGGAGAUAUAGUAUUGCUUGAUACUAGAGUCUGGUAUCAUGCCACACUCAUCAAAGAUAAUACUUUAAGUCUUACUAUUACAUCAGAGUAUGGUUGA